AUGGCGUCUCCGUGCCUCCCGGCCCGCCACACCUUCGGCCAAUUGGCCGACCUGGGCCGACUCUCGGACGCCUGGCUCUGCACCGACCACGGCCCGCUCGGCCCAGGCGCGCGCGUCUGGCGCGCCGCAUGGGGGCCGCCAGCUGAGGCGCCGACGCGCCCCCUGAGACGAUGCCCAGGGCUCUCGGACACCGCGGCGGCGUUGGCGCGCGCGCAGCCGGAGGCGGCAGGCUGGCUGCUUCCUAGGAUGCACGCGCGCACACGUCGCGAGAGCGCGCCGUCCGUCCUGGGCGACACGGACGAGGAGGACACCGAAGAGGGGGGCGCCGGCGAGGUGCACGCUGGCGAGGGCGUCGGGGACGGCCACCAGACGCUCAGCUACCCAACCUCAGCGAAGAUACUGGCGAGGACCGCAGGGACGAGGUGGACGCUCAGAAGGACGCUAAGGAGGACAAGGACUGAGAAUUCUCUGGCCCUCCUCGUCCCCCCCCUCCUCUCAGGUCUGGUUGACUGCGCACUGCGACGGUUCCCUGUUCACCAGGCCGUGGAGCUGGGGGGUGACGGGUGUAGGAGGAGGGGCGGCUGGAGGAGCUUGUUUUUGGGAGCGCCUCAGGCAGACGGGGUUCGCCGUCUGCUCACGUCACGUGACCAGAGCUUCUCGGUCCGAGUUCCUCCCCGCCAGCCACGGGAUGUUUAG